AUGAGGCUUCAGGCUGCAAUACUGCUCUGCAUAGCCGUUUUGUGGAGUCCAGCGGACGCACAGGAUGAAGCAAAGAUGCUUGCGGCUUGGCAUUGCUGCGAUCAGAUUGACGGCUGUUGCGUGAAUAUGAUUCGCCACCUGCGUCCAGUUUAUUCGACUUGCUCGAGUAUUGCUGAUGAGGAAACGGCCACAAAAAUCUAUGAAUGCGCCAACAAGGCGCUGUACCCCGAGCAGAAGUGGGUCAGCAUGCAGAAAAAAGACGAGCUCUGCACUGUGGUACUUGAGGAGAAUUUGCCUGAUCUGCUUCAGUCUCACAAAGCCUUUGGAUGCGUCGAAGCCUGCCACAGGGCGGCUAUUACCCCUGGUCUUUCCAACGACGACAUCACGGCCACUCUACGUUUGAGCUGUACGCUGCGGAAUCAGAGAUACAAAUGCUAUCGACGCUGCCUGGACCAGCUGGCCGACGGCACGUUGCUCAGCCCGUCAGAAUGCGUCUGCUUGAGCAAGGAGCUCCAGCUUGUUGGGAAUGUGCUGGCACCAACUAUUCCACUCCCAACCGUCGAUAUGGAAGGUGCGAACACUCCCGAAGAACAAGAGGCUCGGGUGAAGGAGGCCUGGCGUCUGCACCGUAUCAAAUUCAACCUAACAACACCCACCAAAACCCCGAAAAACCAGCAA